CACACGAUUCCUUUACUUCUCAGUUUUCAUGUGUUGAGUCCAUUACGCUGCUUCAGGGGCGGGAUAAAGUGAAAUGUCAAUUCGCUGUUGGUCAAUGAACCGGAUUUAUUAUGACCUCCUUUAAUUGGUACUCGAACUCAAAGGAUAGUAACCGAGACAACCAUGACACGACGUCUCCGUAUUUUAGCCCCUUGUUUACGAGCGCUGCAGAUUUGCAGUUAAGAUUUCUCUGUCCCUCUGAUCUUGACCAGGUUAAGGAUUUGUGUAAAGAAUGGUUUCCAAUUCAGUACCCAGAGGCUUGGUACAGGGACAUAACUUCCGAUCCAAGGUUUUAUUCAUUAGCAGCGGUGUACCAAUCAAAACUAGUGGGGCUACUUAUAGCUGAAGUCAAACAAUCUGAUGCCAUUAACAAAGAGGAUAAAGGAAUUCUGGAUGGUAGAAUGUAUUCAAACUGCACUGUGGGCUACAUUCUAAGCCUUGGUGUGUGCUCAAGCUUCAGGAGACAGGGUGUUGCAUCUUUAUUACUUGACAGUUUUCUUACCCAUGUGACUCAAAGUGAAAAUCAAAUUUGUAAAGCCAUAUACCUGCAUGUACUGACCAUGAAUAGUGCUGCCAUAAGAUUUUACGAAAAACAUUAUUUCAGGUUACACUCAUUUUUACCAUACUACUAUUCAGUAGAUGGGAAGUGUAAGGACGGAUUUACGUACGUGCUCUAUAUCAACGGGGGUCACCCACCUUGGGGUUUACUUGAUUAUCUUUAUCAUUGGUGCAACGCUUUGUACGAGAACAUCUACCCGACGUACUGGUACGCCAAAUUGAAGCACUGGUUACAGAGAAGUCUAUGAACCUGAUAAGUGGAAGACCGGGCAACGCUUCUACUGGAGACCAAAGUCAGAUUUUUCGCAUAUCCUGGAUAUCCGGACCAGGAAUUAUUUCUCGUCCAGGUUGUGAUUCGAAUACUAGCCAUGGGCUAAGUUCUGAUGGCG